CAGAUAUUUUAUCUUUUCGUUCUGAUACUCGUGGGGGGAAUAUCAACACAUCUUGCUCUGUUCUCGGAGCUACAUACCGCAGGUGGCGUUUCGGAGUCCCACCCGACCAAAAAGCACUCAGCUCGCGAGCCCGUAGUGCUUCGUAUUGCGUUCAUAGACAGCCAGCACCAAGCGCACAACCCGAUCUCUCAAAUCACGCCGGGCGAUCCACACACUGGUCUCCCUCUUCUCCUUUCGUUUGCUCUGGAGGAAAAUUUUUCUUACUAGGCGCAUUUAUUUAUUCUUCUCUCCAGCGUUCAAAUUGGCUUGUGCAUUUUUGUGGAGAAUCGACCAAAGGUUCUUUCUAUUUUAUUUCGCAGUGGAAAAAAAACAACCCUACUUGAUGUCAGCAGUGCUGCCAGACAAUACGACCAGCGUCAAGGUGCAGCCGAUCCAGUGCCCGUCGCCCGAUACAGACUACAACGCAGUGUUUUCCGGACAGAAGAUGCCAGUAACAGACCAGGGGAUGGCUGGUGCGGCUACUGCGUGUGUGUCGCCACCGUCGACGCGCAACAACAGCGCCAAUUGCAGCCCAUCGACAGCCGCAGCCAAGGUGGAGUCCCAGACGACCAAGACACGCAGUGGGCGGAACCCGAUGCGGGCACAGGCCGACAAUGCAGCCGAGGAAGGCGGUACAUUGGGCGUGCACGAGGAGGGCAGCACUAAGCGGGAGUCGUCAGGAGCGCGCAAGGCAGGAGCAAAAGAUGGAUCGCACAAUAGCAGCAAGAAGGGAGGGCGUGCGAAGGAUCAGGCUGGGGGCCAGCGCAAACAGACGAGCAGUAAAGCCGGCGCGCCGCAGACAAAGCAGCCGCGGAAGCAGCAGGCGGGUGGCAAGGACCAGAUACAUGGGCGGGGGAAGCGGCACGUGCGCAACAAGUCGUCGUUGCAGUACCUGUCGAACGUGGGCAGCAGCGAUGCGUCGACAGCCACUGCAUCAAAGCAGCGGGCGGACAGCAAGGGUCGCAGCAAAAGCGGUGGUAGCACACGGAAUAGUGACGACGACAGCACAGCGGUGGGCGGGGGCCAUGUGGAGGACAGCGAUUUCAGCGACUCUGAAUAUACGAUUGGAUUCUCACAGGACGACUGGGACACUGAGGUACGCGGGCGCACAGUGCUGCCAACUGGCCUGGAGAAGACGCUGACCGCGCAGAUCCUGCACACGUACGAGACACGGCUGUGCCCGUCAGCAGAGAGCAUCGAGGUCAAGCGGGCGUUCAUUGAGAAGUUUGCGACGAUCCUGACGGUCGAGUUCCCCGAGUGGGAGGUCGAUAUUCAUGUGUUUGGUUCGUCGGUCAACGGUCUAGGCACAUCGCGCAGUGACGUCGACAUCUGCCUGACGACGCAGCACAAGGAGCUGGAGAAUGUGUUUGUGCUCAACAAAGCGCUGCGCAAGUACGGCAUGCGCACGUAUUGUGUGCCGCACGCCCGUGUGCCGAUUGUCAAAUCGUGGGAUCCAGAGCUGCGGAUUGCAUCAGACAUCAACAUCAACAACACGAUUGCGCUGCACAACACACGCAUGAUCCAGACGUUUGUGGCCAUUGAUGCCCGCGUACGGCCGUUUGUCAUGGCCAUCAAAAACUGGACAAAGUGCCGCGAGAUCAACGACGCUGCCUUUGGCGGCACAUUGUCGCCGUACGCGUGGGUCAACCUGGCGCUGAACUUUUUCCAGACGCGCAGCCCGCCGAUCCUGCCAGUGUUGCACCCAGUGCAGCCGCCCAUUCCCACCGACGACGAUACAAUCAACGGCCAGAUUGAUCUGACCUUCAACGACAACAUCGACCAGCUGCGCGGAUUCGGGAUUGCGAACCAGGAGUCGCUGGGGUACCUACUGUACGCCUUCUUCCGCACGUACGCCUACGAGUUUGAUUACCGCCACCAGGUGGUGUCUCUGCGCCGCGGCUGCUACAUGCGCAAAGAGCAGAAGGGGUGGGAUACGGGCCGUCCAUCACGCAUCUUUUGCAUCGAGGAGCCGUUCUCGACAUGGCUGAACCUGGGCCACAGCGCCAAUACUGUGUCAGUGGAGGGCAUCCGCGACGAGUUCCAGCGGGCCUUCCGGAUCCUGCGUGACGGCGGCUCGUACGACGAGGUGUGCGAGGUAUACCAGCGGCCGGGCAAGCCAUCAAAGCCAUCAAGGCCAUCAGCCUCGUCAUCGUCGCUGGCGCCCAGCGCAUCAAAGAACCCUCACCACAAGAGCAGUAGCAGCAGCAACGCGCACUCUGUGUCGAAGCGCAUGAACAGCACCACCUGGCAGCCGACGGGCAAGUCGGUGAGCAGCAGCGCAGCCAACGGCGAUUUCCUGCAGUUCCCCAACAGCUACAGCACCGGGUAUCGGUCGUCGCCGUUCGGCAUCUGCCACAGCACAGCCGCCAGCCCGAUGGCACUGCCAGCUAUCAGCAGUAUGCACAGCAACAGGCGGCGCGAGUCGGACGGUCUGAUCACGCUUGGGGCUACUACCAGCAUGGCGGCAAAUCCGUGGUAUGCGACGCAGAGCCAGCUGAGCGUGCACCAGCAGAAGCAGGAGCUGCUCACUAUGCACCAGGGCUCGCCGUACAGCAUCAUCAAAGAGAAUAUGCUCAAGAUGGAGCAGGAGAACGCUCAGCUUGGUCCACAGCUUGCUCGCAUGUCAGUUUCCUCAUCGAACCCCGCGGAUGCGCUCGGUCGUCGCUGACGAGCCCUCACUGCUGCUCACAAACACAUACAAAAACUAUAUAUAACCCCUCUCCAUUUCUAACCCUAGUUUCUCCUGCUCUUUUUUUGGAUCUUUUAUUUUUUUGUUGCAAACCAUCAAAUUCAUUGCUGUAAAAAA